GGAGGGUGAAAGAAGAACCAAAACGUCUAAAAAUAGCUAAAUUUAAAUUAAAAUAAACAUCGCCAUUUUGACUUAACCAAUUCUCCACAGUCUUCACCAACAGUUUCACCAGAAAACAACACUCUUUAACCAUGUUUAAGUUAAUUUACUUGAUUCUUACAAUUUGCUUUGCUAUCAAUUUCUCAUCACAAUCAGAGAAUAAUAAGCCAGUGAAAAGUUUACAGGUUCAGGUAACCAAAAAGGCCAUCUUUAAUGUGACAAUCGAUGGAGUCCCUAAAGGGUUAAUAACCAUUGGCUUGUUUGGCAAUGCUGCUCCAAAGACUGUUAAAAAUUUUGCUGCUUUGGCCAGUAAAGAGGGUUACAAUGGGUUGAGCUAUAAAGGAAGUACUUUUCAUCGAGUCAUUCCAGAUUUCAUGAUCCAAGGAGGUGAUAUUACUGAAAAAGAUGGAUCCGGAUCAAUUUCAAUUUAUGGUAAAUAUUUUGAUGAUGAAAAUUUCAGACUAAAUCACAGUGAAGCAGGAUUGAUAUCGAUGGCAAAUGCAGGUAAAGAUACCAAUGGAUCACAGUUUUUCAUAACCACUGUAGUUACAGAUUGGUUGAAUGGUAAACAUAUUGUAUUUGGUAAGGUUUUGCAAGGAAUGGAUAUUGUUAAAUCAAUUGAACAAUUAGCAACUGACGGUGAAGAUAAACCAUUAACAGAGGCGCGAAUAAUUGAUUCAAUGGUUAUCGAUGCUAACGAAGUGAUUAGCUUAAACCAAUGAAAAUUAAGCUAUCAUGGAUAGAUUGAAAUAUAAAUCAAUUAAUAUCCUUUCUCACCCAUUUUAUGACCAAACUGAUUUUUGUUUACUGUUUUAACUGAAACUGUUGUUGAUAUUAUCAACAUCAAAUUGUAUUGAUGAUACAACUUUACAGUCUUCAUAAGGAGUAAAAUUUCUUGCCAAUAAUGAUUAAAUUUUGAAUAAAUUAUUGAUGGAAUUGAUUA